UCGGCGUUUCGAUUUUUUUUAUUUUUUCGUGUUCUUUUGCGCACUUAUAAUUUGUUGUUUAUUGGGUUAUUCGUGACUUGUUUCUGUGUCUCAAACUUGUGUAGUGUAUUCAAUGAAAUAACUGUAGAAGUGUAUGGAGAAGAUGGACAGUAAUAAUGAGCCAGUGCCAAACUUGGAGUUGGCUAUAAAAAGGAGUAUGUUAGCUAAGAAUAAGUUGGCUAUGAUAGUCAAGAAGCCAGAUGGAGUGGUGCAGUUCUCUUGUGUGGAGUGCUCAGCCUGGUAUUACAGUAAAGAGGAGCUGGAGAAGCACCUUAUGAUCCAUAACAAGGAUUAUAGGUACCUCUGUGGGAUAUGUGGCACUGGACUGAAACGCAAAGAACACCUAGACAGACAUACACUUGAACACCAGGAAGUGAGGCCCCACGUCUGUCCUGACUGCGGGAAGGCUUUCAAAAGGAAAGAGCAUCUGAACAUCCAUCGCACCAUACACAGCGGAGACAAGAGCGAGUCUUGUCCUGUUUGUAAUAAAUCAUUCUACCGCAAAGAUCAUUUGCGGAAACACUUGCAAACCCACACGAAGUUGUUCAUGGAGCGCAAUGUGGAUAUUCCUGAACAGGAGUAUACGGACGUUGGGGGUGAUGAUAUUAAGCAAGAAAUCAUUGAUGAGUACACCACGCCUAGUACUGAAGAACAUGGCAUACAGAUUAUGGAGGAGGAAUCAGAAGAGAAGUUCAGCACAACGCCACAGUUCAAAGAGUCGUACUCUGCCGAGAGGCCGUACAUGUGCCUCGUGUGUCAGAAGUCCUUCAAGAGGAAAGACCACCUCAAGAUACACAGCUGGACGCAUAUGAAGAAGGAUAAAGUCUGCUCCGAGUGCGGGAAAGGUUUUCACACGGAUGAUCAGCUGCUGGUACAUAUGAACGUGCAUUUGCAGCCCUACAACAUGUACAGCGGCGAUGAGGAGUACCUUACGGGAGAAUCAGUGUCCAACGACCCUUAUUCAUCAGACAACAGCCUACUAGUAGCUCGGUCGUCAGGACGUCCUAUAGAGAGCAGACCGCACGAGUGCGACAUCUGUCACCGGCGGUUCAAACGCAAGCAGCAUCUGAAGGUGCAUCUCAAUGUACACACGAAGCACCAGUUCAGUGUGUGGUGCUCUGUUUGUGGUGAAGGUUUCCUCUCCAACGAACAAUUUGAGAGUCACCAGUGCAGCGAACAGCAAAAUUCGAGUGACCAGUACGAUGACACCGCACCGCAGUCGCCGCAGGUCGACAUCCCGCAAGAGGCGAAAAAAGAAAAUAAAUAUCCGGAGGAAUAUAUGGACGUAGGCGAUCUAGCAUCACUAGACUGCGUGCAAUACGUACAGGUAGAAGAGAAAGAGUUACCGACGCCGCAGCGAGUGUUCGUCUGCAAGUACUGCUCCAAGCCAUUCAAGAGGAAAGACCACUACAAGAUACAUCUGCACAUACAUACCGGUGUUAAGUCAUUCUUCUGCACCGAUUGCGGGAAAGGUUUCUACCGCAAGGACCACCUACAGAAGCACAUGCUAGUGCACAACAAAGUGAAAACUAAGAAAGAGAUCCCGGAUCUGUUCCCUAUCAACAAGCUGCCUAAGAAGAAACAAGUCUUACCGGAGAUCACUAUACAUGCGCCAUCAAACACAAAACUUCGCGUCCCGCUACAAAUCAAAGUACCAUACCAGAUGGUGAUGUCUAUGGACAACGGCGAACAGAGAGCUGUCACCAUAGACCCGCAGGCUUCACCGCAAGCUUCUUAAUGUAAGUUCAAUCAUCUGCCUAGCUGUUUCCCAACUAUGUCAGUGCAGAAUGCAUCUAUACCAGUGUGCUAUAUUGAGCAACUGUAAGUUCAUAUAAGGGUUUUAUUUAUUGAUGGCAAAAAUUUACAUUAUUGUAUGUAUAUUUGAGAUGAGAUUCAAGGCUAUGCUUAAAAAAUCAGACACCAUGUACGAGCUACUCCUCAAAUAUAUAUGUACUAUGUCAGUCUUAUCACAUAUUCUUCUUUUAUUUUAUGCAAAUCAUGAUACUACAUUCUUUUCCUUCUCAUGUUUAUUUUCACGAGCCACAUUGCCGACUUCAUAAAGUUACCUAAAAUAUUAUGACGAAGUAUAUAGGCUUGAGAAUUUAAUGAAGAUAUUUGUAAAUACAUACUUAUGAACUAUCUGCUCAAGCCCGAGCAUAAAGGUAGUUGAAAAGCAUUUUAUUCAAAACUAUUUUCCCCAUUUUAGUGUUAUUGAGAAUCUCUAUCUUUAUUAUUUCUAAUUGUAUCUGCAUGCUUCAUAUAAAAUAAUCAUGAUUUAAUAAUUAACUUAUAAAAAAUACGAUGUAUUAAAACCUGCAUGUUUGUUAACCGACUUGCCAAAAAAGGAGGAAAUGAAAUUUUUGAACUUAUUUAAGAGAGAAAAGUUGGAAGAUUAUUUUAUAUGGAGUAAAUCAUAAUUGUACAUAGGUUUAAUAUAAUUACGAAGAAAAGUCGAAAGUGGGUGACAAAAUAUAAAUUAAACAGUUUCAGAGCAAGUUAGUAAAAAACUAACAGCCUUACUACAAAAACUUAAACAGCUGUUGAACACUUGUCAAAAAAACGUGGCUGCAAAGCGGACCUUAUUUCAACGUCAUAAUUUGUAUUUUUUUACACCAGUGUUCAACAGACGUUUUUGUGGUAUGACGGUAAAUGUCUAUACCUACUUGUAAUGAAUUUAUCAUGAUGAAUUUCAAAUUUUGAAUGUCGCCUACUUUCUCUAUAAAAGCACUGGGUCCAAAACACUUAGAUUUAUCCUGAUCUCAGUCUUAUUUGCAUAUCUUUAUUAUUACUUACAAUUUAUCUUAGUAUUAACAUUGAAUGUUCUUCGGUAAAACUUUGUUCGAUUUAUAUAAAGUUUCUUAUGUGUGUACAUGAAGUGAGAAUAAAAUUGUUAGUGUGUAAGUGUGUCACAUAUCGUGCCAUGAUAACCAAAUAUCAUUGUCCUUGCCAGUUACAAGAAGUAAAAUAGUGGACUGUACGUACGUAAAUUGAGAAGUUGCAGGAGUGGAUUGUCCACUAUUUUUGUGGAAGGAAAUCUAAGGGAGACUAGAGUAAAUCAAUAACCAAGAAAGCCAGCAUACUUAGUGCGAUUUCAUCAAGAUGCCUCCCUCCCUUUUUUACUUUUCUUACAUAAACGUUGCAACUAAAAAUUGACAUCAACAUAAUAGUAACAUUACCAGUAGGCAAUACCAUAUAUUGACUUAGUGCCAAAGACCCUAAGUGUCUUUUUGUCCUUCGAAUAAGAUAUUCGUACGUUUAUUUAAACGUCUGGGUCCAAAUAAUUUCCAUAUUUAAAUCUUGUAUUAUUUUCUAACAUUGUAACUGGCAAUGCAAUGGAAUCUAGUUCGUAAGUUUAUCUUUAUGUAAAGUUCCUCUAUUUUGUCUUUUCACAGAAAAUAACGUUGUGAUUCUAAUCUUAAGUUUAUUAAAUGUGACAUAAAGUACAAAAAUAAAGUAUUUUGCACUCGAA